AUCAAGCAUCUUGUUUCCUACAGCCAUACCAAUCUGUGCACAACACUAAUAUCGACGAAUGCAUGGCGCUCGACAGUCUAGAGGCACAAUUCGAGAAAUGCGAUCUGGAUGAUGCUCCCAGCAACGCAUCAACCAAAACGCCCUAUGACGAACGUCUACUUCAGUCUGACGAGAUCCGUCUUCUCACCGUUGAGAACGGCGACGGCUCGUUUCGAUUGCGUAUGACUCUACACAAGCUUCAAGACGGCCUCGAGUACGAUGCGAUAUCGUAUGUAUGGGGAGCAGCGGAAGCCUCAAUCGAAGUCUCAUGCAACGGAACGGAUCUUGCAGUCACUCCAACCAUUUUCGAGAUGCUUUGUCAUCUAGAUCCAAGUCGUUCUUACUGGAUAGAUGCCAUUUGCAUCAAUCAGCAAGAUCUCGAAGAGAAAGCAGUCCAGAUACCGCUGAUGCAUCGAAUCUAUUCGCGGGCUGUAUUUGUUCUCAUAUGGAUGGGCAUUCCGACAAUGCAAAGUGAAAAGUUCAUGGCCGAAUUUCCGAACUUACUGGAGAAUGGAAGAAUGUGGAGAUCAAUAGUCAACCAGGACCUCCAACCAUGGAUUGAUGUUCGGGAUCGCCAACGGUGGAAUGAUGCCCAGGACCUUCUUAUCACCGAUAAAGAUCUCUUGCAUGGCAUGUUAUAUAUACUUAAGAACGAGUGGUUUGAACGUCUUUGGACUUUUCAGGAAUGCGUUCUCGCAAAACACCCCAUAAUGUUACAUGGACACCUUUGGAUAAACUUCGACGACUUCCUCAUAUACGCUGAGGAUGGAUGGUACCCAAGAGACGCGUACCUAAACUUUUCUUUGAUUCAGGCAGGUAUUAUCGAUUCUUCACCAAAAUUAUGGGCAGCGUGUAGAACUCUCAAGUUAUUUCGUGAGAACUUUGAACCACGUGGGGUAGUCCCAUACAAUCGGAUACCAUACCUUCUCCACACGCUACGUAGCAGAAACGCAAAAGAACCAGUCGAUCGAGCCUGGGCAAUCACCGCAUUGUUCAGCGAAACUUUGAGAUCGAAAUUAGAUCCACUGGUUGAUUAUAGCGACAACGGUCGGUUGAACUUUUGGAGAACUCACGUACUGUUCGCGAAAACCGUCAUGGUCGAAGAACAAACGCUAGCUCUACUGUCGAUACCUCCUACAGUUGAAAGAAGACCCCAUUCAGUCCCGUCUUGGUGUCCGGCUCUCGAUGGAACGUUGAAAUGCGGUAUGCUGAUAACGGGCGGAUGGACCGAACCAACAAGCAUACAGAACAAUGCACCGCUUCUGCAAGAGGUCGUGGAAGAAGCGGACCAAGCGCUAUCGAAUAAUGCUCUGGAACAGCUAUCAAGUCUCUACGCGUCCCGCAAGUUCAUCUCAUUUGAUGAAAGCAACAACUACCUGAACGGCUGCGGUCAUAUGGUCGAUACAAUAUCAGAGGUUGUAGGAUGUACCCGACUGCAAGGAUGCCUUGACUAUAUCGGUAGUAGAGAUCGCUCAUCACGCUAUAGUAGCAAUCCUAUACACGCUGUAAACGUGGAUCACUACAAUCGCGGUCUUCGUCUGGCUCGUCGUACGAUUCAGAACACAAGAGAUGACGUCGAUAGUAUACCAUCAGAGUAUUUGAUGGCUCUGGCUCUGAACACGAGACUCUGUGGAGACGCAACUAUGGCUUACGAAGAUGCGUGGCCUGUAUUCACCGAUCGGGAACAUAACGACCUUGAAGGAUUCUCGGCAGGGCGGCGAUCACACGCAAUGUUGUUCUAUAACACACUAAUACAACUCACUGGGCAUUCUUUUUUCAGUACGGCCGGAGGUCGCUUCGGUAUCGCCACACCAGGAUGCAAACCCGGCGACAAAGUCUGUGUCUUCUACGGAGAAGAUCCUCUUCACAUACUGCGAUGGUCGGAACUCGAAAACAGAACUGACGCGAUCCAUGGCGAGGGACCCGCUGAGUUCUGCGGUGUCGCAUUCAUCCCUCAUCUCAUGAAGCCACACGAGCAAGAAGCGGCUCGACUUGGGCCAGAUGAGAUCUUUGUUAUCGGGUGACAGGAUCCUGAAGCAUGCAAAUAUUUCGAAUUUCGUGGAUAUUUUGUGGCUUGGUGGCAGUACAGUGUCCGAAUAUUGAUGAGAUGUGUAUUUUAAGCCUCCUGUCUCUUAAGGGAAAUGCUUCAUCACAAGACCAUUCACUGCUCUUCUGAUUCAGCGCUCGUGUUUGAGCCAUACUUCCAUAGUAAUCUACUUUUCCC